CUGGAAGCACUGCUACACCAUGGUUUGCGUUACCUUGAGGAAUCGCAAUCAGACUUCAUCAUUCAGCAGGGUGGAUGGGGCACUGUGUUCAGCCUGGAUGAAGCUGAGGACCCUGGCGUGAUCAUAGCCGAGGACAGUAACGACAUCUACAUCCUGUCAGGUGAACAGACCUCGGAUCAGCUAAGCCCUCCUGCUUCACUACUGACUCUUGGAGAUAGCAGUGGGCCAGCUUCCUGGCAGACAGAGAGUCUUCCUGUGUCUCUGAUAGGGCACGAGUCUUGGGCGCAGGUUGGCAUGAUGGACCCAGACGACGCCAAGAGUCUGGACAGCGCCGAGGGAGUGGCGUUAGUUGAGGAGCAAAGCGAGAACAACUCCUCGAACUCUGACAUUGUCCAUGUGGAGCGUGAAGAUGCCGAACUGCUUGAAGAAGGUGGGGAGACGGUGGAGGAAGGGGAACUGCAGAGUAGCGUACUUAGCGUGCUGGGCAGUGAGAGUGAACUCGCUGCUGUCCGAGAAGAAGCACCUACUGCAGAGUCUGUGCAGAGUGCACCUGAGCCGAUUGUGGAACCAACCGUGAUGGAGAUCCCUCCACCUCCAGCCUUAGUAGAGCUAGAGCACCCAGCCGCCCCUGCUGCUGCUACCGCCUCGUUCCCCGUGCCUGAGCUUCAAUCUCAGCCUGUUCCAGCUCCUGUGGAGCCACAAUCAUCACCCCCACCUGAUCUAGAGCCGGAAGUGGUCCAAGCAACCCUGGAGCAGGAGGUACUUCCAGAGGUUGAUCUGAAGGCCUUCUCCCCGGCCCACAACCUCCCUGUUCCGACCCCUCCUGAGGUGCAGACAAAGUCAGUGCCACAACCUGAGACCUCUGACCUCCCCGUGCUGCUAUACGGUGGUGCUGCCCUGGUGGCCAUCGCUGCAGUAUUGGCUUUUGGAGCUCUGGCCUACAGGAAGAAGUAGAGAGUCUGUGACUGUCCAUGACCUCACUGUAUCUCUUGCCCUAAUGGAAGCCCUGUGGGUCACAGUGCUGCCACAAGCAGUACUUUAUGGGAAAAGUACUCCUCUUAUGUGUCAUACCAUUUUAUUUUAUUCUCAUUGCUUUUAUUUGUUGGCUUAGUUCUUUAAACCAGCUUAAUGACUGGAGAGGAACUUGCAGGUGCAAAGUCGGGUUUCUUUUGUGCUGUAUUAAGGCCAAUUCACACUGCACAGACAAAUGCCUACAAACUUGUUUGUACAUGUUUGUUGGGUUUUGUGUGAUCAGUGUGUUACCCCUGUCGGUGUUGGUCGUGGUUUGUUUUCACCCGAGUGAACAUGUUCAAUCAGUGUUUGUCGUGUCUGUUGGGGCAGUGUGAACGAGUUAUUUUCCAUAAAAUUCGAAAUCCAACAGCCAACUUGUUUGUUGGUGUUUGUCUGUGCGGUGUGAAUUGGCCUUUAGUGAACAUAGUAGUGAUCUGUUCACUAGGCUGUGACCAAGGUUCCUGGUUCCAAAAGGAACCUUAAGGCUUCUGAUUCAGAGGAAGUAAGUUAAUUUUUGUUAGUGAAGCAUGUUUAUUCUCAUAUAUAAAUAUUUGAUUUAAUGAAUUAGUUUAAUUUUAAAACACAAGCUUGUGUGAGUGCAUGAUUAUGAUUUUACCUUAUCAGAAAUUAAAUAUUAAAGUGCAAAACUUUAUGGGCUGUGCUCUUCAGAUGGAUUGUGUGACUGAUAUUCUCCCAAAAUAUAUCAGUACUUAUACAAAAUGGCUCGCAACAACCAAAAACAAAGUCUCCACGCAUCCUUGGUUCAUUUAGACAUUCAUAUUAACCACCUUUAAUGUAUAUUUUGAACAAAUUAGACCCGAUUAGGCUUGCAUGAAUGCUUUUGUGUGAAUCCCCCCUUUAAAAAGUAGAAGCCUAGGUCACAGCCUCAAAUGGUAAACCCCUCCACUUUGGCUGAUACAUUUUGUUUUAAGGGAUUGUAAUUUCUUAAUGUACAGCAAUUCACUAUAAUGUGAAUGUUUAAGGUACGAAAACAUGUUUGUUUAGCACUCGUGAAAAUACAACACCAGCACAGUCAAUAUUGCCAUGGCGACAGGGCACAGUUGACUGAAUUUAUCUCAACGUCAGGAAGUGGGAGAUAAUGCUAGAUGAAAAGUCAUUUAGUUUUCUAAUAUGAUGUUUCUAAGCGUGUAUUUUGUAAUUAAAUGUUCCUAAUUCUGGGUCAAAAGCCAUUUCAAUAAAAUCUUGUGAAAUAUUGAAAUGAGAAUAUGAUGAAACAUUAAACUUGUGGUUUAAUCUUAAACCACCAUGAUUCAGAAACAUCCAAAUGGAUUUUGUAAUUCUAGAGUAAAAAGUGAUUUGCUGUGUUAGGUAACAUUAACUGUCUGUCGCUCAAAUCAAAUGCUGACUUCAGGUUUGUGGGACCAGAAAGUCUCUUAAAUGUCUUCUGGGUCAGUCCUCGGCCCUUUGUUGUUUUUCUUUGUCUUCUCAUAUAAAGUAUUUUCUGUCUUCUGCCUUUGAUUUACACCUUGCCUGUACCUUGUGCUGUUGUUUGUCCUUGAAAGGUAAAAAGGCCUGCACGGCACAUCCUUGUCACACUCUUUUCCCUGUUGCGUGCCUAUCCAAAAGAGACCUUGGUCAAAACAACCGAAAACAAAAGCAGAAGUCAUAUGUACAGGCAGGAUCCACCUGUUUUGUCAGUUGUUGGCAACCUCACGUCAGAGAAAGUGUGUGUGUGUGUGUGUGUCAGAUGGACAAAAGCUGUGAAAUAAAACCGUAUUCCAUCAAGGGUAAAACUGGUGGUUUGUGUCCUGAUUUAAGCAUGAAUUUUAUCAUCAUAACAUUGCUUAAA